ACCGUGAAUUACUUCACUGUUGAGGGCUCACCAGCUAGAGUUUUCACAACCUGGCAACCCAAAACUUUAAUGGCUAAUAACAUCUCUAAAACAUGGGUUUUUAAUAUUAGUUGCAACUGAUAUGGCUAGUUUAUGAAAUGUGUCUUAUUAGAAAGGGGUAAAACUAAAAGGUUUUAUCUAUAAGAAAGGUCAAUUAUGAAAAUAACAUAAUAUAGACUUCAGUGGCUCUAUAUAGUUGUGAUGGGCUACUGUUAAAAUAGGGAGGGUCAUAUAGAGACUUAAAUACUAAGUCUCUAAGUCUUUAAUUUGUUCUUAUUCAGGAUUGAAAUUAAACAAAUAAAUGUACUGUUUGAGCUUUGUGACUGUCCUUUAAUUAGGUUUUUACCUUUUAUUUUGCAUUUCCGAAUUUAUUAUUGUGCUAAUGGGAUUUAAAUAUCAGAAAUUUACAGCUGGAAAGUUAUUUAAUUAUAUUCUAAUAGCAAAAGUUCAUAUUAAAAAAAAAAAGACUAAAAGGGCACUACAAAAACAAAUUAACUACAGUAUUUACGGUAAACCAUUUCCACCUUUUUGACGUCUCGCUACUCCAAGACAUUCGGCCUUCGGUAACGCGAUGUCACAUCCGGUCUCUUUCGGGUUUCGCACGGCUCCAGCAUGGCGGACACCGGUGUGGUGGAGACGCUCCUACGGCGCAUUGAGAAGGCGGACGACGGCGUGGACAGCGUCGAAGCGGCCAACAGCCUCGGGGUGGACCACCAGGUCCUCGUCGGAGCCGUGAAGAGUCUGCAGGCUCUCGGCGACUUAAUCUCAGCCGAGCUGCGCACCUCCAAGCACUGGGAGCUGUCGGGUGAGGGCACGGAGAUAGCCGAGCAGGGCAGCCACGAAGCCCGGGUCUUCGGCUCCGUCCCGCCGGAGGGUCUGGCACAGAGCGAGCUCAUGAAACUGUCCUUCGGGAAGAUCGGCUUCAGCAAGGCCAUGUCCAGCAAGUGGAUCCGAGUGGACAAGGCACACGAGGGCGGCCCCAGGAUAUUCAGGAUGGUGGAGAGCAUAGAGGACCAGGUCAGGGAGAGGCUGCUCCUGGUUCAGAGAGGUAACUCCUCUCAGCUGGAAGAGAAAGAGAAGAACGAGCUGAAGAAGAGAAAGCUGCUCUCUGAAGUGACGGUGAAGUCGUACUGGAUCACGAAGGGCAGCUCCUUCAGCACCACCAUCACCAAACAGGAGACGGAGCUCACUCCUGAGAUGAUUGCCAAUGGCAGCUGGAAAGAGAAGAAGUUUAAGCCCUACAACUUCGAGGCCAUGGGCGUGGCCCCGGACUGCGGCCACAUGCACCCGCUGAUGAAGGUGCGAACACAGUUCAGGCAGAUCUUCCUGGAGAUGGGCUUCACGGAGAUGCCGACCAACAACUUCAUAGAGAGCUCUUUCUGGAACUUCGACUCCCUGUUCCAGCCCCAGCAGCACCCGGCCCGAGACCAGCACGACACCUUCUUCCUGUCCGACCCAGCGCUCGCCCAUGAGUUCCCUCAGGACUACCUGGAGAGAGUGAAGAAGGUCCACUCAGAGGGAGGCUACGGCUCACAAGGGUACAAAUACGACUGGAAGAUCGAGGAGGCUCAGAAGAACAUCCUCCGCACUCACACCACGGCCGUCAGCGCACGCAUGCUGUACAAACUGGCUCAGCAGGAGAAGUUCACCCCCGUCAAGUAUUUCUCCAUCGACCGCGUGUUCAGGAACGAGACCCUGGACGCCACGCAUCUGGCCGAGUUCCACCAGAUCGAGGGCGUGAUGGCCGACCGCGGGCUCACACUGGGGGACCUCAUGGGCACCCUGCACAAGUUCUUCGCCAAGCUAGGAAUUACCAAACUGCGCUUCAAGCCUGCCUACAACCCAUACACAGAGCCCAGCAUGGAAGUGUUCAGCUACCACGAAGGACUGAAGAAGUGGGUGGAGCUGGGGAACUCCGGGGUCUUCAGACCAGAGAUGCUGCUGCCCAUGGGUCUCCCUGAGGACGUGUCUGUAAUUGCCUGGGGGCUGUCUCUGGAGAGGCCCACCAUGAUCAAAUACGGCAUCAACAACAUCAGGGAGCUGGUGGGACACAAGGUGAACCUGCAGAUGGUCUACGACAGCCCCAUAUGUCGACUGGAGUUCUGAGCCCCCCCCCCCCCCCAAUCCUUCAGGACACCUCGUUUCUGCGCCUCACCCCAGUUGCUGCUCCCGGUCUGAGCCGGGCUGGUAAAAGCCAGUUGGUCUGAAAGCGACUGCAGCAGGAGGAGGGUCUGUUUAUCCCCUAAACUCUUCAGACAGACCACAGGAAGCUGUUUGUCAAAGGCCUUUUAACACACAGGAGCAGCGUUUGUAUGAACUUAUUACUGGAAAACACAUCCCUUCAGUGCGAGAACAGCUUCUUCUUUUCUCCUUUACAUCACCGUGACCCAGUUUCUACUUGUACAUGAAAAAAUAAAACACUUUUUCAAUAUACCAGUACAA